AUGUCCCAAGUCAACAAUUUCCUCGCCUCGGUCCAGCAAGAAGCCUCCGCCUCAGGAAGCAACGCGGACCUCUCUACCCCAGCCGCCCGUCGCGCGCAUCUUCUCUCUCGAGUAGAAGCCUCACCCCGCGACUCAGAGGCGUGGCUCACCCUCCUGGCCGACUGCGAGGCCCGGCUGGCCGAGGGCGAGUCCAUCGAGCAGGUCAGACAGACGUACGAGGACUUCUUCAAGGUGUACCCAAAUGCCGCCAGGCAGUGGCAAAGUCUCAUCGAUUUGGAGCUCAGCCUGGGCAACUUCAAGGAGGUAGAACAGCUCUUCACCCGUUGCUUGAGGACGACACCUUCCGUCUCGCUCUGGAAGGCCUACCUCAACUACACGCGUCGAGUCAAUCCCUUGCCCGCGCCUAGCGCUACGGCAAGUGGGGACGACGAGGGGGAGCAUGGCCGUGUGCGCAAGUUGAUCGAGGAGGCGUACGACUUUGCUGUGCGUCAUGUGGGGAUGAGCCGUGAUGCCGGGGACAUCUGGAUGGAAUACCUACGCUUCGUCAAGGAGAGAGAGGCAAAGACGUCUUGGCUUCAAGGGCAGAAGAUGGACGAUAUGCGCCGCAUCUUCCAGCGCGUCGUGGGCGUUCCUGUGGCCAACGUCGAGCAGAUCUGGAGGGAGUACGACCAAUUCGAGAAUGGCCUCAAUCGCGUGACAGCCAAGAAGUUCCUCGCUGAACGAUCCCCAGCCUACAUGACGGCUCGCUCCGCCCUGCGCGAGAUGCGCGGUCUCGUUGACCCACUACAUCGUCCUCUUCUCCCCCGCCUACCAGCCUGGAUAGCCAGCGUCGACUCUCCCGCCGAGUCCGACGUCACGCGUGAUCGCGAAAGGCUGCAGGGCUGGAAAGCCUACCUCCAAUGGGAGGAGUCCGACCCGCUCGAGCUCGCCGCCACAGACACGGACGCCCUCAACAAGCGCGUGAGCGUCGCGUACGCAAAGGCGACGAUGCACAUGCGCUUCUACCCCGAAAUCUGGUACAUGGCGGCCAAGUGGGCCGAGAGUCACUCCCCGAACCCGAACGAAGCCACUCAAUGGCUCAAAGACGGACUGGAUGCCAAUCCUGGCAGCUUUCUGCUCAGCUUCGCCCUCGUCGAGUCCGGUGAAGCGAGAGGAGCCACGAGCGAGUGCGCGGGCAUCUUUGAGGCUCUUCUGGCUCAGGUGCACAAGAGGAUCGAGACCCUCGCCGCCAGCUUGGACGAGCAGCUAGCCAAGAUUGACACAGCGGGCCAAGAAGUGCGCGCCGCCGCCCUGGCCGCUCGUCGUGCGGGCGGUGAAGCGGACGAGAUCGAAGGUGAAGAGCGUGAAGAGGAGCGCAAACGCGAGUUGGCCCGCGACGCAGAGAAGGAAGCCCUCCGCAGCACCACGCAGCCGCGCAUCGAGUCGCUCAAGGAGGAGUCCUCUCUCGUCUGGAUCAAAUGGAUGCAUCACGUCCGCCGCACAGAGGGUCUACGCCCCACACGCGCCGUCUUUUCUAAAGCGCGCAAGUCGCCACACUGCACCUGGCAAGUCUACGAGGCCAGCGCCCUCAUGGAGUACCACUGCAGUAAGGAUGCGGGCGUGGCUACAAAGGUCUUCGAGCUCGCCCUCAAGACUUUUGGGAGCGACGAGGCAUUCGUGGUGCGCUACCUCGACUUCUUGAUCUCGAUCAAUGACGACAACAAUGCGCGCGCCCUCUUCGAGCGGACCAUCACCACCUUUCAACCGGCGGAGCGCGCACGCCCGAUUUGGGAUCGCUGGUCUAGCUACGAGUACAGCUUUGGGGAUUCGACGAGCAUCAAGAAGUUGGAGGCACGACUGGCAGAGGCAUUCCCUGAUGAGGCGCCGUUGAAGAGGUUGAUGGACAGGUCGACGUACAUGGAUUUGGAGGUCAUUGGGCCGCGCGAUCUCGGCAUCGUCAACACGUACGGAGCCACAGCGGCCGAUCGGGCUGUAGCUACCGCUGCGGCGGCGGCGGGCGCUGUCGGCGGGGAGGAGGCAGCGGCGACGACGACGAACGGGAGCAAGGACGCAGCCAUUGCAGCAAAGGCAGCCGCAGCGGCCGCGGCGGUGUCUGCUGCUGCGGCAACGAAGCGACCGGCGGACGAUAUGUCGCGAAGGGGCAACUCGCCAGCCGUGGGUGAGGGGGGAAACAAGCGUAUGCGAGGCGGAGCAGGGGCGGGUGCCAGCGAGAGGGAUCUUGCCCCUCCACCUCCGCAGCGUCGUGGUCCCCUCCCACCGCAGAAUUCGGCUUUCGGCGCCGGAGGAGCCGUUGCAGCCAACAAUGGGGGCGCUCCUGGCCUCCCACCCAUCCCUCCCUCCUCCGCAGCAGGAGCGCCUGCACCCAACGUGCUAGCGGAGCGCCCCUUGCCAGACGCGGUGCUCUUCUUCCUGAGCAUUCUGCCCUCAUUGCGUAGCUGGGAUGGACCGCGUUUGCCUGCUGGGGAGAUAAUGGAUGUGCUGCGCGGCGCAACUUUGCCUGGGCCUGGGCCUGGGCAGGGGCAAGGAGGGCCAGGGCAGGGACAGGGGAUGGGGGGACCACCGCAGAGGGGAGGGUGGGGAGCGCAGAGAGGCGGGAUGCAAGGUGGGAUGGGGACUGCGGGGGGGAUGAGAGGUGGGCCGAUGGGAGCGGCAGCCGGGAGGGGUAUGCCCAUGGCUGGUGGGAGGAGGUAUUGA